GGGUUAAAACCAGCUGUGGUGAUGGUGCUGGCUCAGACCAUCUUUGCAGGGCUCAAUAUAUUCUAUAAGCUGGCAACCAAAGAUGGGAUGGACGUUCGAAUCUUGGUUGCUUACAGAUACCUCUUCGCUACCAUUGCCUUGGUUCCCAUUGCUUUUUUCGUCGAAAGAAAUAGUAGACCAAAGUUGACAUGGAUGGUCACCUUCCAAGCAUUUCUUUGCGGCUUAUUUGGGGGGACGAUGUCCCAAAACUUUUACUUGUCAAGCUUAAAGUUAACAUCAGCAACAUUUUCAGCGGCCAUGUUAAACCUUAUUCCAGCCAUAACCUAUAUAAUGGCCGUGAUUUUGGGGCUAGAGAGGCUGGGGAUUCGGACAUUACCCGGGAAAGCAAAGUUGGUGGGGACAAUCAUAGGCAUUGGAGGAGCAAUGGUGCUGACGUUCUACAAAGGUGUGGAGAUCAACAUUUGGUCAACCGAUAUUGACCUUACUCGUGGGCUUGGGAGCAAAGCCUUCAUGUCAGCUUCACACCCAGAGUCUGAUAAUCACGUACUGGGUUCAUUACUGGCUCUAGGUUGCUGUUUCUCUUAUGCACUCUGGUUAAUUAUUCAGGCUAAGAUGAGUGAAAGGUACCCAUGCUACUUAUCAAGCACGGCUCUAAUGUGUAUAAUGGGGUCAAUACAGAGCGUCUUUUACGCUUUAUGCAUGGAGAGGAAGUGGGAGGAAUGGAGGCUUGGAUGGAACGUCAGGCUUUGGACAGUGGCUUAUGCGGGAAUACUUGCAUCGGCAUUGAUGUUUGCGAUGAUAGCGUGGGGAGUAAGAACAAAGGGUCCAUUAUUUGUAUCAAUUUUCAACCCUCUUGUGCUUGUGUUGGUGGCAAUCAUGGGCUCCUUGCUUCUCAAUGAGAAACUACAUGUUGGAAGCGUUGUAGGGGCAGUACUGAUAGUGGUGGGGUUGUAUGUGGUGCUUUGGGGGAAAGGGAAGGAGAUGAAGAAGAUGUCCCAACUUAUGCCCUCCAAGAGCUCCAGAGAAGCGGAGCAAAUCGAGGUGAUUGUCACUACUACCAAUCCCUCUUCUUCACUCGCUACCAAAGACACCUCCUCCAACAACAUCCCUAACAUUGACUUCUCAAAUAAUGCUACUCAUAAUUUGGCCACAGCUGCCUAAGCUGUAUCAACAGCUGCAGAAGAAGAAAAGGAAGAGGAGGAGGAGGAAGAAAUGGUGGUGUACCAUCACCAACCAUAGAACAUUUAUAUAUAAUUGUUAUUUAGCAUCUGGAAAGGACCUUCAAUAUUGUUCUUCCAUAUAUUAAGAAGAAAUGGCCAUAAAAACAAAAGAGAGACAAAUGGAGGGGUGGUGGUCAUGUUAUAUCCUAAAGCCAUAGCCCUUGAAUUCAGGCAAUUUUAUAAGUAGAAGUACUAAGGAACUCUCUUUGUAGUCGUGGGCCUCGUGGGUGGUUCGACCUUUAAUUUUAAUUUUAAUUUUUUUUUCAAAUUUACUAUGUACAUACAAAAAUGCAACAGAAAAUAAGAUAGUAAUGGUGUAAUAAGUUCUUUUGA